AAUUUUAUUAUCAAAUACUAUUGAUCUAUCAACUAGCCCACAUCACAAUGGCCUGGAUGAAGGUUGCACUCCUUACUCUCCUCUUAGGCUUCUGCGCCGCUAACACAAUUAAUAGGGAUACGGCCUUCAAAUCUGACUCCCUGGAGCGGAUGAUCAGGGAAGUGCGCACAAAUUGUGAUAGUGAAAAUGAUCCGCUGGCGUGCAUGAAGUUGAAAGUGAUGCAGUUCCUGGAUACCGCCGUAAACAAGGAUAACUUCAAAUUGACCGAAGAUAUUGAGGUGCGAUCGAAUGGACCUGUCGAGGAGGCACGCUCCCAAAGCGACUUUUUGGGAUUUGUGGAAAACUAUGUGCAAUCACACGACGUCACAAUGAAAAUUCCAGUUGUCAACUCAGAAGUCACCAUCUCGCCACGAAACAUCAACUCCGAUGAACUUGACAUCAAAUUUAAGUUCUUGGAUUCCGAGGAACGUAGUGUUGGAGAAGGAAGGCGCAGGAAUAAGAUGAAGAAGAUCAUUGUUCCGAUCAUGGUUUUGAUCCUCUUGAAAGCAAUGACUGUCAUCCCGUUGGCCUUGGGAAUUUUGGGCUUGAAGGCCUUCAACGCAUUGCAACUUGGUUUCAUGUCAUUCCUCGUAUCGGCGGCUUUGGCUAUUUUCCAAAUUUGUAAAAAGUUGGCUCUGGAUCCUCAUCAUCAUGCACCACAUGUUGUUGCACCACAUGUUCAUUGGGACGCCAGGUCCCUAGCCCCUAAGGAGGACGACAGUCAUAACUUGGUGUACAAUGCUUAUGUUUAGAAGAGUUUGUAAUUAUUUAUUCUUAUUUAAUUGUAAUAAAUUAAGUGCAUCAAGUGA